UUAGAGGUGUUCAUGGGAAGAACAUGGAAGUGCGAGCAGUCCCAAAGACAGUCUCUCCUCACCAUUAAUGGAAUUCCCAUGGUGCUGAGUUGCUCAUUGUUUAGCACCGAAGCUUUUACUGAACUCGCCUCUGACUUCGUACAGCACCGCUUGCCAAUACUGCUGCUCUCAGACACCCAAUUUAAGCCGAGUGAUUCGGCGUAAGAAUGAUGAAGUUUGAGGAUCUCCCGAUGGAUAAGCAAGACGGUCAUCAGAAGAGACUCGGGUUAGAGGAAGAGGUGGCCGAGCUGCAAGACGAACUGGAGAAGGAACAGAAGCUCAACCAGAUCCUGCAGUGUGCGCUUCAUGGCCCGUACGUUUGCCAUUCGUGCGUCUCCUCGUUGGUUCCUCUUCAGGUACAGGUCCUUCUUGCGGAACUAGCGAUGGUGGAAGAGGAAAUCAUCACCCUGGAGCGGAAGAUCGAGGACUUGAAGAUGUGCAUUUAUCAGGAGAGGAAGCAGAAGAAGGAGAGGAGCUUUCGGCCGGCGCAGCAGCAUCAAUGGUGGCAGCGACAACAGAGGCACUUUCUAUGUGGUUUUGGAGGCCGAAGAGAGAUCGAAAAGCUCCAACAGUUACCAGGAUUGCAGCACGAAGACACAACAGAUGAUGAAACUGAGAGAUCAAGGAGAUGCGGUGAGCCAAACCGGGAGUCGAGCCAUCACACUAGGCAAUGGUGCGGAGACGAAGAGGCCUUUCCUGACACACCAAACCAAGUCUCGGAGGAACUACUCAGGGCUCUGCUCAGCAUCUUUCACACGCUGAGCCAGAGAUCAGGUCAACUCGACUGUGAACCGCAGAACUCUGCGAAGCUUCACAUCUCCUGCAUGAGGUCAAACAGCUUGGUGGGCAGGUCCUCACACUGCCAGACGUCGACCUCUUCCUCAAAGGGCACAUCACCUGAGGCUGAUGGCACAGGGAGGGACAUGGGAUCGAAUCAGAAGCUUGUCAACGUCACGCAAGCUUCCUUGGACAUGAGUCGUCUCUCCCUGUGCAUUCCAACCAUCGGAAAACUGAGGGCAGUGAUGCACAAACUCUGUGCUAUUAAUCCAAGUUUUUUGACUUACAAGCAGAAGCUUGCAUUCUGGAUCAACAUCUACAACGCUUGCAUAAUGCAUGCAUUUCUACAGCAUGGUCUUCCACCCUCACCCGAAAAGCUGCUUGCACUGUUAAACAAGGCGACGAUAAAUGUCGGAGGUGUUGUUCUCAAUGCUCUGGCUAUUGAGCACUUCCUCCUGAGGCAUUCUUUUGAGAGUGAAUCUGAAGCCAUGAAUGAGAAGGAAGGACUUCUAAGGCAUGCCUAUGGCCUUGGGUACCCUGAACCCAAUGUGACGUUUGCUCUCUGUAGAGGCAGCUGGUCUUCACCUGCAUUGAGAGUCUACACAGCAGAGGAUGUGGUGAAUGAACUGGAAAGAGCUAAGAUCGAGUACCUGGAGACCUCGGUGAGCAUCACUAGCAAGAAGAAGAUCAUUGUGCCCAAACUUCUGCACUGGCACAUGAGGGACUUUGCAGAUGGCAUGGACUCACUUCUGGAGUGGAUCUACAGCCAGCUCCCCAGGUCUGGAUCUCUGAAGAGGUUGCUCAAGGAAUGUUUGAGCAGAGAUCCAAGGAUUCCUUUGGCUAAAAUGGUGGUAGUACAGCCAUACAGAGCUGAGUUCAGAUACUUGUUGCCAUCUCAAGAGGCUGCUCACUUCAUGCAAUUCUUUUGAGUUGUUCUCUUUUUUUCUUUAGGACAAUGAGUUCAUGAAAGACCUGAAGAAUGAUUAGAAACUGGGAUCGCUCUUUGCCUGAAGAAUCACCGAGCAGCUCACUGAAUCAGUGUCGUAAACUAAGCGUAUGGAAACAACCAGUUUAUGCUCGUCGUGAGAACAUAAGCAAUAUACGUUCGGAGACGUAGUAGCACACACCGUUUCUUUGGUCAACCGCGUUCUGUUCUAAUCCAAUGACGAUCCGCCAUGUCCUGCACCCUGUGCUUCUUCCUCUUCCCUUCCGACGAGUCCAAAUCGCGCGCCGCCCUGUUAUAGGAUGUUCUGGUCUCCGGCCAAGACCAUUGCAUGUGCAUCGCGUGAAGUGGGAGGAGACGCGGGGGCCGCGAUAGCAUCCACGAACCACCCCACUGGCCUUCCUUCUACCUUCCCGUUGGACUGUCGUUGCCUGCGUAAAGCAGAGAGGGGCGACCAAUGGAGCAGAGGGCGAUGAUCGACAGAGACAAAAUACUCUGAAUUUUUGUUUAGAUGAUCUGAAAAAAACACCUAAAGUUAUAAGCAUUUGUCGAG